AUGCUGUCGGCGCUACAAAGGUGUAGCAGCGCGCACGCUGCUGUUGUGCUUCUACAGCAGCAGCGCCCGACUGCUAUUUGUUGCAGCAGACUUGGUAUUAAUGUUGCACAAGCUAAUUCAUCUGCUACCACAAUAUCUGCUAAUAUCAAUUCCAUUCCCAUGCUUAAUGGGACAAGCUUCAAGGAUUGGAAGGAGAACGUAUUGAUUAUUCUUGGCUGCAUGGAUCUUGACCUUGCACUUCGGAUUGAGCAACCCACUCCUCUUAUCGAAGAAAGGAGAAACUUUGAGAAGUGGGAUCGCUCAAAUCGCAUGAGUCUAAUGAUCAUUAAGCGCGGCAUUUCGGAAGCCUUUAGAGGUGCAAUAUCCGAAGAGAUGACUAAUGAUAAGGAGUUCCUUGUCAAAAUUGAGAAACGUUUUGUGAAAAACGAUAAGGCUAAAAUAAGCACACUUUUACAAAACUUGAUUUCAAUGAAGUAUAAAGGUAAGGGGAACAAAAGGAAGUACAUCAUGAAGAUGUCUCACAUUGCUUCAAAACUUAAAGGGCUAAAGCUUGAGCUGUCUGAUGACUUGCUCGUGCAUUUGGUAUUGUUCUUGCUUCAUGCACAUUUAAGUCAAUUUAAGGUCAGUUAUAACCGCCAGAAGGAGAAGUGGUCUCUAAAUGAGCUCAUUUCAUAUUGUGUGCAAGAGGAAGAAAGGUUGAAGCAAAAUAGAACUGAAGUUGCUCACUUGGCAAGCACUUCUAAGGAUAAGGGCAAGAAAAAGAUGAAGGAAUAUGAAGCUGCUCCUAAGGGUCUAGCACAAAAGAAACAGAAGGAAGAUAAAUGA